AUGAAGCACGAGAUAAAGGAGACAGUUCGUGGCUUAAUGGCAAAUGCUAUUCCGCUUGAAGAACAGGGUCUGAGUUUAAACAAACAAGAGUUUAGGUUAUUUUAUUUUAUUCUAUUCUAUCAACCAUACCCUGUCUUGCAAAAAGGAUGGUUUUGUGGUAGAGACAGGACGGAAUUCGAGACCUGUUGACAUCCGUGAUCAGUAAAGUUUGCAAGAAUGUUGAAUCUGAGCCACACCUUCAACCACUCGAUAACUCGAUAACUCGAGACUCAAUUUAAGAACAGCAAACAUAAGUCCUGAAGCAAGAUUAGAUAGCAAGGCCGUAGGGUUCUGGUCUCGUGGAGUUACUGCAUUUUUUGAUGUCCGAGUAACGCAUGUAAAUGCCGCAAGCAACCAGAACAAGUCAACAUCGACGACUUUCCAAGGGCAGGAAAAUGAAUUAGAAGAGGCAGUAUCUGCAUAG